AUGGAAAAACAGAGCCAGAAAGAGCAAAAACUGGGAGAAGGACCUCAAAUCUCAACGAUGGAGCCAGUCACACAUGGCGCUUAUGGUGGUGGAAUGUAUGGCACAGAAAAAGGGCAACCAGAAAAACAAACCAAACAACCAGCAAGUGAGACUCAAAGUGCUGAUGGUCCUGUUGAUAAGGACACUAUCAAGCCCAAACAUAAUCCUCCUCCUUCAUCUGGGGAUCGUGAUAUAGACAUCACUGGCCAGUCCUAUAUCCAGUAA